AUGGAGAAAUAUGUGGCUGCGAGAAAUAAAAAGGUUAGUAGUUAUAUACAUGCUGAUCUUUGCUUAUCCAUUCUAUCAAAUCUAUCUCUGAAAUCUUUGAAGCGUUUCGAAUGUGUAUGCAAAUCAUGGAUUCAUUUGUUAGAGAACCCUAAUUUCAAAAGCUUGGUUCACAAAAGUUUCUUAUCUAAUAAUCGUUGUUAUUAUGAUGAUUCAUCUAUCCUCAUACAUCAAGAUAUAAAUAAUAAUCAAUCAGUGAUGUAUUCUAUUUCUGGUGAGAGGUUUGAAAAUAGGACCAAAUUAGAUUGGCCAAAUCCCUUUCAAGAAGAUGACCCUAAAUUUUAUAUAUCGGGAUCUAAUAGUAUUAAAGGGAUUUUUUGCCUAAUUAAUUACUCACAACCCGAUAUAAGAGUUGUAUUGUGGAACCCAACUACUGGAGAAUUCAAAGUUGUUCCUACCAGUCCUAAUGAGUUUGUCCCAGAUAUGGAUUUUGAUGCUGCCCAAUAUGGUUUUGGAUACGAUUCCUUUAGUGAUGACUAUAAGGUGAUUCAAUGUGUUUUGAUGUCAUCAGAAGAUCUAUCUUUAGACCCUUUUUGGGAGAUAUAUAGCCUAAAAAGUAACUCAUGGAAACAACUUGAAUUUGACAUCCCUAUAAAUUAUCAAGAAAAUGGAGUGUCUCUGGAAGGAGUGUUUUAUUGGUAUGGUGAAAACGAAGAAAAUAAAGAUGAUGAAGCAUAUAUUUUUUCAUUUGAUCUAAACAGUGAGAUAUUUGUUACUACACCAUUACCCUUAACCGAUGAUAACUUUGAUUUUCAUUAUGUAUGUAGAGGUUUGGUGGUGUUAAAUGGAUCAAUUGCUUUGAUAUCAAAUUAUACAAAUAUAAAUAAUUUCCAUGUAGCUAUUUUGGGUGAAAUUGGUAUGAAAGAAUCAUGGGUUAAACUCUUUAUUGUUCCAUGCUUACCUUGCAUUAAGUAUCCAAUCGGAACAGGAAAGAAUGGAGAUAUAUUUUUUAUGACACAAGAUGGUAAACUAGUCUAUUAUGACUUAAGCACUCAGAUUAUGGAGGAGCUUAGUUUUCAAGGAAAUAGAUUUAUGGGUAAGAUUAUAACUUAUAAAAGAAUUCUUCUUCCAAUCAGAGAACUAGAUGAGUAG